AUGUGGCCCUUUUCGUCUUAUCCUGAGGUCUCCCCCUUGGAGGUAAAUGGUAAAACUUAUGACUAUAUCGUCGUCGGGGGCGGCACGGCUGGCUGUGUGCUUGGUUCGCGACUGUCUGAGGAUCCAGACGUCUCGGUCCUGGUUUUUGAAAAGGGAUGUGUCAAGAAUAGCCUCUUGUCUCGCAGUCCACUUCUGAGCCAGAAUUUUACUUUUGGCGACAAGCUUCAAGUUAUCAGCGACCACUUCUCCGAGCCCUCGCCGGAGGCCAAUGGCUUGAAGUUCAAGCUCUGGACGGCGCAAGGCCUUGGGGGUGCAUCACGGAUUAAUGGAAUGGUGAUGACCCGAGGCCCACCUGCAGAGUACAACUCCUGGGCCCAGGACAUGUCUCUUGAUGACUGGGCGUGGGAUCGCGUCGAACCAUUCUUUCGCAAGAGCGAAAACAACAUCGGCCGGCCCCGGUCUAAGACGAGAGGCCAUGAUGGUCCGAUUAAGAUCAGGCAGUUCAGAACAUCCUUUACCUGGGGACCAUACAUCGAGAGCGCAGCGAAGGCCCUUGGUCUUCGUAUCAUCGACGAUGUCAACGACCCCACCGCGCCCGCCAUGGGGUUUUACAGGCUGGACCAGGCCGUGGAUGAGCGGGCGGAGAGAAACACGUCGUAUCAAGCCUUCUUGAAUGAAGAUAUUGCCCGCAAGCGACGAAGCCACCUGACAGUCUGCACUGGUGCCGCAGCAUCACGGUUGAAGAUAGAUGAAGAUGCAGGCUCCGUACGUGGCGUCUUCUUCCGUCCGGCCGUCCCCGGAAAAUCCACAGGCGAUUUCUGCGUCGAGGCGCGGCGCGAGGUCAUCGUCUGCUGCGGUGCUCUCAAGACCGCGCAGCUCCUCAUGCUCAGUGGAAUCGGGCCCCGGGACCAACUGGACGCGAACGGCAUUCCUGUCGUCAAUGAAAAACCUGUCGGCCAAACCCUGUCUGAUCAUUUUGCCUUCCCCAUCAUGCUCGACCUACCGAAGAAAGAAACAAUGCACAUGCUUCAAACUGCAAUUUACGGGCUUUGGCACAUCUUGCUCUGGUUCUUCUUCAGGACCGGGCUGAUGAGUAGCAACUGCAUCCCCAGUACGAUAUUUGUCCGCAGUGGGGCUAUUGACGACACGACCAUGGCCAUACGGGAACAAGAACCUAAAUCUGACGGCAACGGCGACCGACUGGACAACAUAGACAUCUCACAGCCGCGAAACAUACCAGAUAUAGAGGUCAUGAUGUUUGCAGUCGCCGGCUUCAAGAGACCUGUCCCUGGCCGCAACCUCUUGACCCUCUACCCUUGUCUGGUCCAACCACACUCACAAGGCCGAGUCGAGCUGGCAGACUCGAACCCUCUUUCUCAUCCCCGAGUUACUCAUCCUCUGCUACGCAGCCAGGAUGACUGGCCCAUCGCGCGCAAGGCGAUCCGGUUCGCGAUGCGUCUGGCCCAGGAGUUCCAGAGAUCAGGUUACCCACACCCGGCCCCAAUCGCCUUUGCGCCUGGUAAUGAACUGGACAAGCUCGCCGAGUGGGAGCGAACGGCCGAGGACGAACAGACUGCGGCAGCCGCGCCAGUCGUGACACCGGCGUCUGCCAGUCCAAUUCAAAAGCCUGCAGCUGCGAUGUCUUCAGCUCCUGGGAAGACGUGGGAUACCGUCACGGAUGAUGAAAUCGAUCGCUAUAUCCGCAGCGUGGCUACCGUCAGCCUGCAUCCCAGCUGCACGUGUCCCAUGUCCAACGACCCACGCCACGGGGUCGUCGAUCAGCGGCUCCGGGUUCACGGUUUACGCAACUUGCGCAUCGCGGACACGAGCGUGUUUCCGCGGAUGCUGAGUACCCAUACGAUGUGGCCAGCGAUCAUGGUCAGUGAGAGGUGUGCGGACUUCAUCAAGAAAGACUGGAGCAAGUGA